AUGUCAUCACAGGAGGGACCAAAGAGAACGUUACACGUCAACCUACGGGUGCGGGCGCUGGACGAUGUGCAAUCGCCCGAUCCUGGCGCGCUCUGCUUCCGCAAGGGCGAGGUGGCGCUGGUGAGCGAGAUCGAGGCGGUGGGGAAGGCCUACGGUACCUACUUCAACAAGAAGGGCUGGUUCGCCCUCGAUCAGGUGGUGAUCGAGCCCGGCACCAGCCCGCGCAUGAGCCCACGCAGCGCCGGCUCCGGCAACUCGAGCCCGAGCAUGCGGGGCAGUACCAGCCCGCGCAGCGGCAGCGCCGUCUCCAGCCCAAGCGGCGAACGCUUCCCCACCCCGAGCUCCCCCUCCAGCGGGGGGUCAAGCCCGGUGGGAUCGCCCGUGCCGACGCGCAAUCAGAACCGGCCCACCGCGAAGAAGCUCUCCAGCUUCCUUUGGAAGACGCGAGACGAGCGAACUACUGAAGUCACGGGAAGCCCAACUGGUCCAUCGCCCGCGGCGAUCAGCCUGGUCCAGGAGGAGCAGAGCACGGCAGUAGCGGAGGAGAAGAAGAAGCCCUCGGACAUGAUCAAGUUGCGGCUCAUGUGGCGCCGGUCCGUCAACGAGAAGCCUGCCGCCACGCUGGACCUGGAGGGAGUGUUCCGAAUCUCAGUGGCGUUCCCCGAUCUCCUGGAGAUGAAGGAGAUGCUUGAAACAGGCCCACCUCGCCUGAUGGACUCGAAUGCAAACACGCACGCCGUGGCGUCCACACUCAAACAGUUCCUGCGAGAGCUGCCGGACCCUCUGCUCACGUUCGCCCUCUUCGACCGAUGGAUGAACACUGGAGAGCUGUCCAACAUGGCGGAGCGUAAGGAGAAGCUGGUGGGGCUCAUCAAGGAGCUGCCGGAGAGCAACCAGCGCACGCUUCACUUUUUGAUGACCUUCCUCAAGGCGCUUUCGCUCCGCUCCGAGGUCAACAAGAUGUCCACCCUCAACCUAGGCGUCGUCUUCGCGCCCACCAUCCUGCGCCGCAAAGUAGAAACCAAGGACGAUUUCAUGAGGAUGGAGACUCAACGCGGCAUCGUGGAGACCUUCCUCGACGACUACGAGGACAUCUUCCCCAAGCUCUACCCCAGCGGCACGGAGGAAGACGGGCCUUGGUCCGAAGAGCGACUGCUGCUCCUGUUGCGGCCAUCAGAGAAGGAGCUCGCUAUGCUCCGACGCCCAGGCCAGCAAACAGCUGGCGGAAGCGCUGUCGGCAAGGAGGACGUGAGCUCGUCGGAGGCCUACAUCAGGGACCAUUCGCCCGCUCCGUCACCGUCGGGCUCGCUCGUAAUGGACCUCCCGCGCCAGCCGAGCGGCGAGCACUCCGGCAGCCAGCUGCGAGAGUCGCAGGAGCGGCCGACACGGAGCACCGGUGACGACGGCGACUCGAGCGGGUCCGACCGCGAAGAGGAGAAGGGCUCGCGCAGGAGUAGCAAGAGGCACAGUCGACACCGAGACGACAAAGACAAAGACAGGGACCGGGACAGGGACAGAGGAAGGGACAAGGACAGGGAAAAGGAUAGAGAAAGGGAGAAGGACAAGGACAGGGACAGAGAGAGGGACAAGGACAGAGAAAGGGAGAAGGAGAAGGAGAAGGAGAAGGAGAAGGACAGAAGCAGGGAUAGAGAGAGGGAGAGGGAGAGGGACAGAGAAAGAGAGAGGGACAAGGACAGGGAAAGGCGCAAGAGGGACACGGACGCCGACAGGAAGGACGAGAAGAAGGACCCAACGAAGGAAAGAGUCAAAGAAGACAGCCCGAAGAAGCGAGGCAGCGUCAUUCUCGGGAGGGAAUCGCCCACACUUCCCCGGUCGGGCAGUUCUACCAGACGCUCCGAUUCGCCCAAGGUCCAACGGCGAGCCACCACUGGUGUGCCCCCGCUACUCAACAAUGGCAUCGACCUUAGGAAGAGGAGGCUGACGAUCGAGGCCGAGUCGGGCUCGCUGACCGACAGGAAACCCCACCACGACGAGAAAGGAGGUGGUCUGGACUUGGGAGCGCUGGCCAAGGAGCUCGCCGUGCAGGUGGAUGACCUGAAGAACGAAGGCAAGCGGAUCGAGCAGGAGAACGAGGCCAAGCGAAUGGAGUGGGUGUGGCUCGAUCUGGAGAGGGUGAAGAUGGAACAAGCGUUGAAGGAUUUGAAGCAGGAACUGGAAGAGAAGCAGCAGGCACUUAUGCUCACCGUCAGCUCACCCCGCUUGCACGCACGCACGCCUUUGCAGGAACGGGAAAAGCUGGAAGAGGAGAACCAGAGGCUGAAGGCCGAGAACGCGGCCCAGCGCCCACCAGGCAAGUCCAAGUCCAAGAAGGCCAAGGCCAAGGCUAAGGCCAAGGCACAGGCACAAGCCGACGAGUAA